UCGUAUUGUAGUGUGCCCGUUGUGGAUGAGACAGAAUAGGAAGGGUACUGCAGGCUGUUUUCGCACGCCUCAUCUACAGCAUCUCCACAGAAGCGGCGUCAGAAAGAGAAGAUGUGUCAAAGCGACUUGUCGUUUAAGAUAAUUCUGGGCUCAUCAUCGAUGGCGCGCAGAGAGAUUCUGGCGGAGAUGGGUUAUGAAUUCAGUAUCAUCACUGCAGACAUUGAUGAAAGGAGUAUUAGGAGAGAAAAGCCAGAAGAAUUGGUAAUGGCUCUAGCUGAGGCAAAGGCUGAUGCUAUCAUACAAGGGCUUCAAAGUGCAAAGCAAUUCGAGGAAGACGCUCAGGCAACAUUGUUAAUCACAGCAGACACAGUGGUCGUGUAUAAAGGGAUGAUCAGAGAAAAGCCCUCUGGCAAGGAAGAAGCAAGAGAAUUUAUCAAAGGCUAUUCUGGCAGUCAUGCUGCAGUUGUUGGAUCUGUUCUUAUAACCAACCUUAAAACAGGAACAAGAAAAGGAGGAUGGGAAAGAGCAGAGGUUUAUUUCCAUGACAUACCUGAUGAAGUCAUUGAUAACCUGAUAGAUGAAGGAAUUAUGCUCAAUGUUGCUGGAGGUCUUAUGCUGGAACAUCCACUGACAUUGCCGUUUGUUGAAGCAGUGGUAGGGGGAACUGAUACUGUGAUGGGACUUCCUAAAGCUCUUACAGAAAAGCUCAUCCGGGGAGCAUUGUAGCUGUGGUUUUGAGCCAUCAACCAUUCCAUUUUGAGCGUGGUAGACUUGUGGGAUUCAACCUAUUCAGAGGCUGAUUUAUUUUCCCUCGGGAGAAGGCAAUGAUUUGAUUUUUCUCAUCCAAGUGGAACAACAAUUCAAUUAUUUCUUCCAUACAAAGAAUGCGUCAUGUAUGGCUAUGUUGUGUUAUUUAUAAAGAUAAGAAGCUUGAUAUUCUUAGAUGCGGUUACAUACUAUGGGGCAUAUAGAAUUAGUAGUGGAUUUGAGUCAAAUUAAUGUAGUGUUUAGUUUGAGU